ACAGAAUGGGCUACGGUCCAAUAAGGUCACCAAAACGCACCGUUUUAAGUAUUCAUAUUUAUGUCUCCCUCGCCGGAGACUGAUGAGCUUUACUCAAGUUUGAACGGAGUAGAGAUGGUUGAAGCUGAAGACGUAGGGCCUGCUAUGAGAGCUCUCGGAUCUCUGUUGAAGCUCACUCAAGUCUUCCUCUGGGACGACGGCACAUGGAACGAUGGGACUAAACCAGUUCAGGAUGACGGAGACGAUGGCUCAAAGGCUGUUUCCCCAGAAUGUGGAGCUUUGCCGGAGGAUAUGGAACUUACUAGGCAGAUGAGUGAGUUGGGGCUUCCGGUCUCGUUUCGAACAAAUAAGGAGAAGCAGAAAAGGAAGACUGGAGGCAAAAGGAAGGGAAUAUGCGUGAAUGAUUCUGUUACUUCUCAAGACACUGUGGGUGAAGCCCUGGGCUCUUCCAAAGUGAGUGUGGAGGAGAGUGUAUCUCCUAUUAUAUUUGAUGAUAAUCCAAGCAGUGUUUUGUGUUGUAUGUCGAUGAUGGGCCAAAGCGAAUCAUCUUGCUCUGAUGUUGCAGUUGAUGCUACCAAAGUGCAUUGCCCCUCUGGUGAAGGAGAUGCUCCAGCAAGUAUGAUUGAGAUUUCUAGAGAUUCUGACGCGGAACUACAUAAUGGGAGACUCCGGAUUGUUUCUGAUGAUGGCCAGGAUUGUGGUUCAUUACACAACAGUGCUGUGGUCACUGAUGUAACAAGCAUUUCGGCGAGGUCAACUGGCUUAGAUGCUGCACUAUACCCAGGCAGCUGUUCAGAAAAUGCUGCUUAUGUCCAUAAUAAGAUGAAGCCAGAUGAAAGACUGUUGGAGCAUGAACACUUAGAGUGUUCAAUAAUAGCUUGUCAUGAAGGGGAACUUACCAAAGCUGGUCAGGAUCACGUCCUUGAGCAGCCAAGUGUAUCUGAAUCAGCCUCACAUUCUAUGUGUUCAGAAGUACUUGACAGUGAUGAAUUAGACGGCCAACAAAGAGGUGAUAUUGGAGACUGGAUGGUAUGUUGGGAUUGCUACUAUAUGAGAAAUUACUUCUAUAAUAUGAGAACACAGACUUCCACAUGGUACCCACCUGAGGGCAUGGAACAUUUAGAAAUUUUUGAGACAAAUGAAGGUGUUGCUGAAGUAUCUCAGAUGGAUGUCACCACGAACUUAAAGACAACAGUUUUAUGUGAUCUGGGUAAAAUUGAUUCAUUUGAAGAACACAGAAAUGAUGAGGCAUUACACAGUCAACCAUAUGAUGUGCUCUCAAGGGGUGUCGAACUCAGUGUCAAUUCUAUGUCUGAUACAUCCACAUCAACUGUCAGUGCAAGCAUAUAUCGUGAGAUUUCGGAUGAACUGAAUCAGAGGAAUAACAAUGGCGAUGAUGGAAAUGCAUCAUGCUUGUCAUCAAAUCAAAUCCACAUUGCUGGAGACCAAACCAUGCCGCUGGUUGCUGAUGAGGCCUGCAACUGUAAUCUGCAAUUAGGAAAAAGUGAAGAAACAAAUACUUGUCAUCUCUAUGAUAAACCGAAUAAAGUUCACUCUUGUGAGGAAAUCCCUAAAUAUUGUGAACAAGAGGAAGCCAUUCAAAGAUUAGAUAUGUGCAGGUUGAAUUUGUUUUUAAUUGUUGCUUAUCUGUCUGAAAUCUACAAAGUUUCUAAUAUUUUUCUGUGCAGCACGUCUAAUACAUGCACUGAGGAAGUCGAGGAUAGGAUUAUGCAUUCUGAAAGUGGAGUUCCAACAACAACUGAGUUGCAAAUGAUAUCCAACUCUGCAGUAGUAAAACGAAAAAAGAAGGUCAGAAGAAUUCGAAGUCACAGAAAAUUCCACAACGAGAAUGAAGAAGUUCUAGCUGAAGGGUUGCUGAAGGAAUUCUCUACUGAUAUUGGUAAAUAUUGGUGUCAGAGGUAUCUCUUAUUCUCCAGAUAUGAUGAUGGUAUAAAAAUGGAUGAGGAAGGAUGGUUUUCAGUUACACCAGAAGCUCUAGCUAGGCAUCAUGCCCAACGUUGUGGGUGUGGCAUCAUCAUUGACUGUUUUACUGGAGUUGGUGGGAACGCCAUCCAAUUCGCUCAGAUAAGCAAACAUGUGACUGCCAUUGAUAUUGAUCCAACAAGAAUUGAUUAUGCUCAACAUAAUGCUGCAAUCUAUGGAGUAGAUGAAAGGAUAGAUUUUAUAAAGGGGGACUUUUUCCAUUUGGCAUCAAGAUUGAAGGCAGAUACAGUCUUUUUGUCACCCCCAUGGGGAGGACCUGAUUAUGCUAGAGAAGAGACGUAUGACAUUAUGACAAUGCUCAAGCCACAUGAUGGAUGUUUUCUCUUCAACACUGCAAAGCAAGUUGCUUCCAACAUUGUCAUGUUUCUUCCUAGAAAUGUUGAUAUCAACCAAUUAGCAGAGUUGUCUCUUUCAGGGACUCCACCAUGGUCACUAGAGGUGGAGAAAAACUUUGUAAAUGGCAAGUUGAAGGGAGUAACUGCUUACUUCAGUGACACGGCAGGGAGAGAAUAACAUAUAUAUCAAUAUUUGUAUCCUUACUUUGCCAGAGUAUGAACGUCUAUGCAAGUUUUGCCUUCACAUUACAGAAGUCAGUAGAGAAUGAUCUGCCAUGAGCAACUACGCUCUAGCUGCAAGGAACAGCCUCCUCAGAAUAGGUGUGCUGGUGCUUCCAUUUCAACUCUCCUGCAUUUGAUAAAAGUUCUUAAUAAGGAAGUCACAGAUUACAGCA